CGGGGAUGCCGGGAGUAGGGCGGAGAGAAGGGUUGUCAGUCCGUUCUCGCGAGAGAGGACGGAAGCCUGUGGGAGCCCGUGGCCUUUAAAGUGCGGCUCAGCCCUUUCCUCCAGGGGUAGUUUGUAAACACGGCUGUGCUCUGGGCACCCGGGUGACGGAAGGGAUCAUGAAUUAGUGACUUGGAAAGUGCUGGGAAUUUGAACCCAGGGCCUUGUGCUUGUGAGGCAAGCACUCUACCAACUGAGCUAUAUCCCCAGCCCUAAAAGCCUUUUUUGGAUACUACAUGGAAACUUAAGUUGUGCUUCUUGGUAAAAGCUGAGGGAUUCCUGACUGCAGAGUGAAUAAAACUCAUGGCCCACCAACUAGAAAGUAUCCUUGCCAUGAAAAAGAGAACGUGAUUUAAGUUGUUCAACUUAUGAAAUUCAAGUUACAUGUGAAUUCUGCCAGGCAAUACAAGGACCUGUGGAAUAUGAGUGAUGACAAACCCUUUCUAUGCACUGCCCCUGGAUGUGGCCAGCGUUUUACCAACGAGGAUCAUUUGGCUGUCCAUAAACAUAAACAUGAGAUGACACUGAAAUUUGGUCCAGCACGUAAUGACAGUGUCAUUGUGGCUGAUCAGACCCCAACACCAACAAGAUUCUUGAAAAACUGUGAAGAAGUGGGUUUGUUUAAUGAAUUGGCAAGUCCAUUUGAGAAUGAAUUCAAGAAGGCUUCAGAAGACGACAUUAAAAAAAUGCCUCUAGAUUUGUCCCCUCUUGCAACACCUAUCAUAAGAAGCAAAAUCGAGGAACCUUCUGUUGUAGAAACAACUCACCAGGAUAGUCCUUUACCUCAUCCAGAGUCUACUACCAGUGAUGAAAAGGAAAUACCAUUGGCACAAACAGCACAACCCACGUCAGCUAUUGUUCGUCCAGCAUCAUUACAGGUUCCCAAUGUGCUGCUCACAAGUUCUGACUCCAGUGUAAUUAUUCAGCAGGCAGUACCUUCACCAACCUCAAGUACUGUAAUCACCCAGGCACCAUCCUCCAACAGGCCAAUUGUCCCUGUACCAGGCCCAUUUCCUCUUCUGUUACAUCUCCCUAAUGGACAAACCAUGCCUGUUGCUAUUCCUGCAUCAAUUACAAGUUCUAAUGUGCAUGUUCCAGCUGCAGUCCCACUUGUUCGACCAGUCACCAUGGUGCCUAGUGUUCCAGGAAUUCCAGGUCCUUCCUCCCCUCAACCAGUACAACAGUCGGAAGCAAAAAUGAGAUUAAAAGCUGCUUUGACCCAACAACAUCCUCCAGUUACUAAUGGUGACACUGGCAAAGGUCAUGGUAGUGGAUUGGUUAGGACUCAGUCAGAAGAAUCUCGCCCACAGUCAUUACAACAGCCAGCCACGUCCACUACGGAAACUCCGGCCUCUCCAGCUCACACAACUCCACAGACUCAAAAUACAAGUGGUCGUCGAAGAAGAGCUGCUAAUGAAGAUCCUGAUGAGAAAAGGAGGAAGUUUUUGGAGCGAAAUAGAGCAGCAGCUUCAAGAUGCCGACAAAAAAGGAAAGUCUGGGUUCAGUCCUUAGAAAAAAAAGCAGAAGACUUGAGUUCAUUAAAUGGUCAGCUGCAGAGUGAAGUCACCCUGCUGAGAAAUGAAGUGGCACAGCUGAAACAGCUUCUUCUGGCUCAUAAAGAUUGCCCUGUAACCGCCAUGCAGAAGAAAUCUGGCUAUCAUACUACUGAUAAAGAUGAUAGUUCAGAAGACCUUUCGGUGCCAAGUAGUCCACAUACAGAAGCUAUACAGCAUAGUUCUGUCAGCACAUCCAAUGGAGUCAGUUCAACAUCAAAGGCAGAAGCUGUAGCCACUUCAGUCCUCACCCAGAUGGCGGACCAGAGUAUGGAGCCUGCGCUUUCCCAGAUUGUCAUGGCUCCUUCCUCCCAGCACAGCCCUCAGGAAGUUGAUUAAAAACCUGGCAGUACAACAAUUUUAGAUACUCAUUAGUGACUUCAAAGGGAAAUCAAGGAAAGACCAGUUUCCAUUUAUGCGAAAUCUGUGGUUGUAAAUUUUUUUUUUUUUUUACUUGAAAUUACAUUUGGCUCUAGAGUUGGUGUAGCAGCAGUUGAUGAUAAGACUGAACAACAGUUUUUAGUCUCUGGAAAGACUGAUUUUGCUUUUUUUUAUAAAUAUUGUUAGAUUUAUUAAUUUUUCUGUGCUCAAUGUGUAAAUUGUAUUAUAAUUCAUUGUGGUUUAUUUCAUUCUUAAUUUGGUGGUGUUUUAAUAAAUGGGGGUGUUACUGAAUCUCUCUUCCCACUUCCAUUUCUUUUGCCCACCCCUCAACCCUCAACUGUGAUGGUAGUCUUGUUAUCAUUUAUACCAAAGUUCUGCGUAGUCCCUAUUGACUUUGUAAUGUGAACAAAGUCAUAAAGUACUAGGCAAGAGAAAGGUAGAAAUUUGCUUUUUAAUCUUUUUGCCUUUUAUUUUGCACAUUCUGCAAAAGGAAGAAUAUUGGAGAACACUGGGUUUUUUUUAAGUAAGAGAAAACAUGAUAAAAGACAUACUGUGCUUUUAUAUGCACAUUGUUAAACUAAAUCAAGUUAAUAAUAAAUUUUCUUUUUUAAGAUUUUAAGUAGACAAAAAUUUUGGAAUCUUCAGCAUAAAAAAUGACUUUAUUUUUUAAGUCUGAACUUCAGUAUUUUAAAACUAUGUUUGAGGCUGAAAAGUAUGAAAUUAUAUAAUAUACGAUACAGGGUUAUCAGAUAUCUAGUAAUUUUUUUAAUUAGCUCUUGUUUGGUUUUCUUUUUUUCUUUGUUUUUUUUUUUUUUUCAGGUUUCAGGUUAUACACAGAAGUUUAUGCAUAAUCAAGUAUGGUAUGGUUGCCAGAAAAGCCUAAAAUUACUACUUAGAAAAUUUAAGACUGUUUACCCCCAUUGUCUUGUACUUGCGAGCUAACUUGUACUUAUUCUUGUGAAAGCACUGUCAUCUUUUAGUAGCAAAUUUUGAUAACGUUUCUCGUGGAAAAAAAUCAGUAUCUAUCUUUAGAACAAUGUAAUUAUAAUGUGGGAAAUGUGAGUGAGAGAAAGAGAGACUCUGUGUGUGUGUGUGUCUGUGUGUGUGUGUGUGUGUGUGUGUGUGUGUGUAUGUGUGUGUGUAUGUAUCUUUCAAUAGUUUAUGCCAGCAAUCUUUGCUUGAAUGUUUAACGAUGCCUUCAGUGUGAUGCUGGCCUAUAGAUGAUUGCAGUUUAAAAUGUCAUUACUGUGCAGGCUUGGAUAACUAACAUUCCAUGAUGUAGCUUGUUUCUGAUGAGAUGAUUGUAGGUACACUUCUCAUUAUCCAAUCAUCUGUGGGAUACUGAAUUUUCUAAUGUGCCAUUAUCUAUUUUUAUUCUUCACUUAUGUUCAAAAUACAGUACAAUAUUUUAAAUAGACUCAAUUGUUAAACAAAAAAAAUUAAAAAGUAGUAGAUGUGUAUAAGAAACCUUUGUAAAAUAGUUAUGAGUCCUACCCAGUACCAACUUCUGGCAUUCAAGCAGGAUUCCAUUGUGUAAAUAUCUGUAAUGCAUUAAUAAUAAGUUGUGUAGUUUGUUCUGCAUCCAUACUACACUACUUGAUAAAGUCUCUGUGACAUCUCCUUAUGAGACUGACAUUUUAAGAGCCUAUAUGGAAUAUCCUUGAUAAUUCAAGGGACUAUCCCACCUGCCUAAGUUCCAAACUGGGAAACAUGCAAAUUAUACAAAUGACAUUUCAGGACUUCUAAGUAUGAAGAUAAUAGGAAUUUUAUUGUUUGACUUAUUUAAAAUGAGAGCAUUUUGGUUGACAAUUGUACUUCUAAAAUUUCUUAUUUUUAACUAAUUUCAUAAUUUUAAAGUAAUCAAUUUCUAAUCAUGAUUUUGUCAUAGUUUGCUAAGGAGUUGAUCUCAAAGGCACAAAAUAUGAAUUCUACAAGAAGGCUAUUUUUUAUUGUAGUUUGGAUGGGUUAGGAAAAGCCUCAAUUUUUCACUUUCUAAAGUCAGUGCGAUUUUUUCUUUCAUCUUAUUUAUGCAAGUUAAGGUUUUUGGUAUCAAUUCUUGCAACUGUAAAAUAAAACUACAUAGAUGUAAGAAGUCAUGUAAACGGUUAAUGAGCUUACCAAGGUUAGCAAAACUUUUCAUUGUAAAUCAGUCUGUACUCAGCAAAUAAAAUCAUUAUUAGUUGUAUGAACACAAAUUCCAUUUUGACUUCCAGGAUGUCACACUACUUCUGUACCUAGCAUUUCGAGUCCUUAUAUUUGCAAUGUUACACAAACUGUACUAUUUUCUUUUAUGUGCAGUUUGCAUGAGUAAACCGUCAGAGAAUAAAUUCUAUCUUUAAAUUAUGUUCAUAAUUUGCUUGUUUUUACCUGUCUUUCACAAAACAACAUCACCUAAUAAGUCUUUUUUUUUUUCCUUCAGGACACUUAACUUCCUGAGAAGAACCUGAGAUUCUUUCCACUUUUAUGAUAAAAUUAUUCAUACUUGAAGACCUUUCCACUUCAGGGUGCUCAGACCUUGUUCCUCUUUUAUGCAUUCACCUUAAGCUCCAUUCAUAUACAAUGAUCCUUUCAUUUAUGUGUCCAUCCUGGGACACUCCCUGAACUUGAGCCACCAACCCACCUGCUCACCACCUAACAAAACAUCUUAAAUAGACCAUAUCCAACACUGAACUAACCUUCCCUCACCCUACCCUCAAAUGUACUCCUCUCACAAUCUUUUAAUAAAUCAGUUGAUGACUAUGCAGUUCUUCCAGUUGCUCAGCCAAAACAUUCUUGUCAUCCUUGAUGCCCCUCUCUCCCAGUUCUUAUUCAAGGUUUACCUUAACUUCCAAAUAAUAGAAUGCAGCCACUUCUCACCAUUUAUGUUGCUAUCGCCCUGAUCUUGCCCUCAUUUGCUGUAGUUGCCUUAAAAAUGUCCCUUCAUUUCCAUUCCCAACCACCACUGCUCAUCCCCAGUACAGCAACCAAAGUGAUGCUUUUAAAACCUGUCAGGUUUCAGCCCUUCUCUGCUCAGAAUCCCAAGUCAUUCCACAAGUCCUGAGAAUGGCCUACAAGGGCCUAGACUGUCAGUUCCUAUAUCACAUCCCAUUACAUCUCUGACCUCAUCUCCUACCACAUUGUUUUGCUCAGUGAAUGUUUUAGUGCCACAAGUGUCAAGUGGUGGGUCUUACAUACCCCAGCAACCAAAACCAAAAAUUCCUGCCUUCCUGAAGCUGACCUUUUAAAGAGAGUGUCAAUUGUAUAUGACGAGGGGUAUGAGCUAAAUGAAGAAACAGACUUAUACCAGUCUUUCUGGAGAACAAUGGGGUGACGUUUUAGUCAUAUCUGUCAGAUUGAUGCAAAUCAGAAGAUGCAAACAAUUGCAUAGCUAUUUUUAAAGUACUCAUUCUAAUGUGCUUAAGAUAGAUUGAUAACUAGAUUAAAAAGUUUAGUGAAGACAACUGUGUACAAGCAUACCUCAUUUUAUUGCUCUUUAUAGAUAAUUGCUUUUUCCCCCCCACAUUGAAGGUUUUUGGCAACCCUGUUUGAGCAAGUCUGAUCAAUGCCAUUUUCCAACAGCAUGUACUGAAGGUUUAGACUAUCAUUACCAUUUUUAGCAGUAAAGUAUUUUUAAAUUAAGAUAUUAAUGUUUUAUUAUACAUAAUGCUAUUGCACACAUAAUAGAUUACAGUAUAAUGUAAACAUAAUUUUUAUAUGCACUGAGAAGUCAAAUGAUUUGUGUGACUCACUUUAUUGCAAUGCUCUUGAACCAAACCAAUGAUAUCUUAAAGUUUUGCUUGUAUUUCUAAGGUUCAACAAAUAAGUAAUGCAUUAGAAGAUCAAACUUGUGUUUGGCUUAUUCCAGAGGACAGAAAACACUCUUUAUGACAUGUGCUGACUGUUCAAAGUAAUUUUAACUAAUUCUACUUCUAUGAAACUAUAGAGUUUGGUGCCUAUUUGUGAGACUAUAAUUAUAGGAAGAUCCCAUUUACUCCUAGCCUUCAUCUUAGAUAAAUCUACACAUGUCCAAACACACUCACAGAAUACCUAGAGAACACAGUUAUCAACACAAGUGCUUCUAAAAUAGACAUUUAGAACAAAUAAUUUUAAAAUCUGAUCAUUCUAGAUUAUCUUGACCACAGAAUAAUCUUAAGGCAAAGUUAUACAAUUUGAUUUGUGUUUGAUGUAGUUAUGAAAAGUGUCUUUAAUCUUUUAAUAAAUACAAAUGAACUUUUUCUGUGAUUUUCUAAUUUUUUUAAAGUAGAAAUAUUUCCAUGUAUUAAUAUGCUAGAUAGAGGCUUGGGGGUUCAUAAAAGCAAAGCAUUAAGAUCAUAUAGAUCUAGGUAGCAUCGUCUAUGUGGAAAACACCCUCAAAAUAUAAAGACCUUUCUAAAUAGAUAGUUCAACUAUUGAAGCAAAUUCAUUAAGCAAAUUAUAUAUAUUGCCAUACAAAAAGUUCAAUGAAAAUGUUUCCAGAAUGAAAGGACUUUGACAUAGCAAAGACCAUAUGACAUUGUAACCCACAAUAAAAGAAAAAGCAUGCAUAGAGUUAUUCUUUGUAGCAAUCCAAAGCACCAAAUCAAUUGUUUAUUGUAAAAUAUCAAACAUGGUCACAGCAAUCAAACUAGAAGUGUUCUAUUUCUCAAUGAUGGGCCAGUGGUUUGUAUCCCUUUUUCCUCAAAGAUUCACACAAGUUUUUCCAAAGGCUUUCCAAGAAAAGAAUGUAUUCUCAUUUCCACCACUAUGUCAUUAGUGUACCCUUGUCAUGGUCAUGAUGCCUUUUCCUCUGUUUUGCAUUAGAUUUCACAUUUAAGACAUCAUUUCUUGAGAUGGAAUUUUUUUGAACAAAAUUAUUGCUAUGGUUUUAUCAUGAAUGACCUCGAUUUUUCUUGAAAAGUAUUUGAGUCUAAAUCUCAUUUUUAGUUAUGUGAAAUAAGAUUUGACUUACUUUAUUCACUUAAUUUUACAGAAUAUUUGCUUCCUAUGAAAGUACACAAAAGAAAAUGUUCCCCCAAGUGAGCUCCCUUCUUUUAUUUUUGCUCAGUUUUCAAAGAAGCAUGUAAAUUAAGAAAAGAUGCUAUUUUUCAAAGCCUAUAAAUUUGGCAAAAAAUUAUUUGUGUGGUUUAUUUAGCAGAAUUUAAGAUUAUUAUGAGUUUCUCGUGAUGAGAGACAAAUGCUUUGUGAUGUUUAUGGGAAACAAAAAAAAUCUGUCUAUGCCAUUAUUCAAAAAUAAACC